AAAUAAAGCUACCUGUACAGGUUCCACCUGAAGCAGGAUGUCUCGUUUUGAAGCUAAGAAGCCAUCGCUUUGUAAAGCUGAACCAUUGACAAGUGAGAGAGUCAGGUCCACACUUUCUGUCUUGAAAGGAAUCCUAGUGUCAUGCUAUGGCCCUUCAGGGAGGCUGAAGCAGCUGCACAAUGGCUUGGGAGGUAGUGUGUGCACAACCUCACAGUCCUCAGCCCUGCUUCGCAACCUUUCAGUCACCCAUCCCGUACUGAAGGUCCUAACAGCGUCUGUGCAGAAUCAUGUGUCCUGCUUCAGUGACUGUGGCCUAUUUACAGCCAUUCUCUGCUGUAACCUGAUUGAAAAUACUCAGAGGAUAGACUUAACACCCACGAAGGUUAUUAAGUUAAAUAAAGACCUCCUGAGUUUCUGCACCAGUUAUCUCAAGUCUGAAGCCUGUAGUUGUCGAAUCCCGGUUGAUUUCAGUAGUACACAUAUCCUCCUUGGCUUGGUCCACAGUAUCUUAACCAGCAAACCUGCCUGUAUGCUCACCAGAAAGGAAACAGAUCACAUCAGUGCUUUGCUUUUGAAAGCUUUUUUGCUUACAAUUCCAGAAAGUACAGAAGACCGAUUCAUUUUAGGGAAGAAUAUAAUUGUUCCCUUAAAGGGCCAAGGAGUUACAGAUUCCACUAUAUUACCUGGACUGCUCAUUGAAAUGUCAGAAGUUCAAUUAAGGAGAUUAUCCACCCGGAAGUCAAGUGCCCUCAAGGUGGCGCUAUUCUGUGUUUCUUUAUCAGGAGAUUUUUCUAAUGCUGGAGAAGGAACUGUGGUGGUCCCUUACCAAGUGUCCCUUGAGAAUGCAGUUUUAGAGCAGUUGUUUAAUCUGGGAAGGCAGCUAGUCAGUGACCAUGUAGGUCUUGUCCUGUGCCAAAAAGUUAUACACCCAUCUUUGAAACAGUUCUUCAGUGAGCAUCACAUUAUUGCCAUUGACAGAGUUGGAGUGACUCUGAUGGAACCCCUGAGCAAAGUCACAGGAGCAAUGCCUAUUGGUUCCCUAAACACAAUAGCUUCUACUACUUAUGGAAGUGUGAAAGAUUUGCACCCUGCAAGAUUUGGCUCCAAACACUUUUUCCAUCUUAUUCCUCAUGAGACAACUGUCUGCAGCUUGCUUCUCUGCAGUCGAAACGACACCACCUGGGAGGAGCUGAAGCUCGCAUGUCAGACAGCACUGCAUGUCUUACAGCUAACAAUCAAGGAACCAUGGGUGUUAUUGGGAGGUGGCUGUACGGAAACACACUUGGCUGCUCAUAUCAGACACAAGGUUCAUAAUAAGGCAGACGACAUUGUCAAAGAGGAUGGUUAUUCUCGAGCGGAACUCCGGAUUGCUGCUGAAGCAUUCUGCAGUGCUCUAGAAGCCGUUGUUGGCUCUUUAGAACACGAUGGCGGUGAAAUCCUCAUUGACAUGAAGUAUGGACACUUUUGGUCAGGUCAAGCGGCUUCUGCUUCUGUUAACUGGCCAGAUAUGCUGUCACGAUGUGGCUGUGGCUUGUGCAACAGCCAGGAAGGACUCAGCUGGUCUUCCUUAAGAAGCACUUAUCAUCCUUUUGCACCACAAACCUGCCUGUCACAGGCAGCUGUGGACUCAGCCAGCAACUUAAUUGUGGACUGUUUCACUGCCAAGCUUAGUGGCCUGCAGGUUGCUGUGGAGACAGCCAAUUUGAUUUUAGAUCUUUCCUAUGUCAUUGAAGAUAAAAACUAAAAUAAGAGAAUGGUAUAUUUUUGUUAUUAAACUAGUUCAGAUGUCUAAGGAAAAAAAAAAUGAUUGUUCUCUCAACGGCCUGUUCUGCCUAGGUGGAGAGAUGAUUUAUAAAAAUGUAGACUUACUUUCUUAAGGAAAGCAUGAAUGUGAAGUAGAAAUGUGUAGGCUGAUAGUAGUUCUUGAUGCCUUUGCUUUGUCACCAUCGUGUCACAUCUGGUGUUCGUACCAUGCAUUUAUGUUUGGAGGUUUGUAAAUACUAAAGAUAGUGUGUCACCUUAAAAUAUGGGAGUUGCUCCAAUAAAGGGUGACCCUGAACCUUUCCCACUAGCAAGGUAGUAGUCUUCCCUUUUCAUGGAAACUAUUGUUCAUAUGCAUUUAGCUUUUUAUAAAACUUGAUUCUUUCCUUGGUGUAACAUUGUUGGCUUAUUUUAAAUAUUGUGAAAUUUUGUUAGGAUCUUUUAAUAAAAUCAUUUGUGUUUCCUAAAA